GAACAGAGGCGCAUGCGCAUUGACGGACAAUAAAUAAAAGAUCACGAGAAGUUGACUACUAGGUAAAACUAGAUCUAUGUAUUGGAUUUCCCACUCCUAAGAUCUCACGGAAUCAACUAUGGAUUCAAAUACAUCAAAACGACGAAAGAUAGACCACGAAAAUGGAAGUCCGGAUUUCGAGGUCGCAAGCACAACCGCCUCGUCGAUGGGCGCUUCUGGCGCAAGCGCAUUCAUCUUGGAGACGGAAGAAUUGUUGAGCGAAGUAAAAUAUGACUAUAGCAAGACAAAUUCUAGUGUUCAAGAUACUCUACGACGGGUCAAGGACAUAAUCGAAGCUUCGGAACCUCAUGAGCCUCAUCCUAUUGGCGAUUUAUCAGCAAAAUUCGAGAAAUCAAGCCGAAUCACUAUACCUUACCCCGAUCCAGCGCCAGCGAAAGAUGCGCCAUACAAACUCUCUUUCGAGACACCGGCUCAGAUCAAUGUUGUAGGAAGUUGGAUUCAGAAGACCAACAUUAAAUCACAGUCGGAUGUGGCUAUCGACAUGAUUGUUGUUAUGCCUACGUCGAUAUUUCAAGAGAAAGACUAUUUGAACAUGAGAUAUUUUUUUAAGAGGGCAUACUACCUGGCGUAUAUCACCUCAUCUCUUCGUCAGGCACUGGGUCCUACUAUGGAAUUUACCUUUGGUCACUUACACGGAAACUUGCUAUUGCCCAUCCUUGAUGCUCGACCGAAGGACAAAUCAACUCCACCAAUCCGCAUCAUUCCGUGCGCUCCAGAAGAUUUCUUUCCUGCAGCAAAAAUUACUGCUAUUAGCAACGCCAUCAGACAAAGUAAAUCUGAGACUGAUGAAGCUAAGACACCUACCCCCUUCUACAACACAACCCUCAAAGCCGAAAGCCAAUUCACAUCAUACCUACGACUACUUCACAGAACCUCCAAUUCAUGUGCUGCUUUUAACGAUGCAUGCAUCCUAGGACGGAUAUGGUUACAGCAACGAGGAUUCAGUAGUGACCUUCGUGGUGGCGGUUUCGGUCAUUUUGAGUGGGCAGCCUUGGUAGCUCUUCUUCUACAAGGUGGUGGCCGAAAGGGCGAGGCAGUGCUCUCAUCUUCCUUACACAGCACUCAGUUAUUCAAAGCGACUCUGCAAUAUAUCGUUUCGGCGAACUUGCAAAAGAAAGUCUUAAUCAUUGGCAAAGAUGCCCCUGAUUCGGAAACUCUCCGUCAGACCAUGCCGGUCCUUUAUGACGCCGCCCGCGGAAUAAACAUCCUUUACAAAAUGUCACCGUGGUCCAUCUCGAUGUUGACGGAACAGGCCAAGUGGUCACUUUCCGCCAUUAACGAUAGCCCGCUCGAUCAAUUUGACCCCUUGUUCAUCAUCAAAGCCGACCAGCCUCUACAGAUGUUUGACGUGCUGCUAAGUGUAGACAUUCUCACUUCAAAAGAAGGGAUUGAAUCGGUUGAUCGCAAAGGAUUCGUUUCGGACUUCAGCGUCAAGUUGUACAACACGUUAACACGAGCGCUUGGCGACCGUGCACAACUAAUUCAUAUCCACACACCAGAAUCAGCGCCAUGGCCCAUUUCUGCCUCCAUACCAAAGGAAAAGAGGAAGAGCCUUCUUGUUGGAAUUGUUAUAGAUCCCCUGAAAGCAUCUCAAGGCCGUGAAUAUGGGCCUUCAUACGAGCAGAAGAAGGAGGCUGCUCGGUUCCGCGACUUCUGGGGCAAAAAGGCGGAUCUCUGGCAAUUUCAAGACGGCAACAUCGUUGAAAGUCUUGAUUGGUCGGAGUUUUCUUACCUAGGAUCAUCUGGAAUAUGUGAGGGCAUCAUACGGUAUAUCCUAAAUUUUCGACUUCAGCUGGAGGACAAAAACCUCGAAUUCUAUUGGCGAGACAUUCCUAAGGUAAUGGCGUUUACGCCAUCGGACAAGUUGGCCUUUGAUUCGGCAAAACAGGCAUUCGAUAUCGUAGAGCGAGACAUCCGUGAUCUAGAAGACUUGCCUCUGCAUGUAAAGCAGAUGGCUCCUAUCUGCUCAGAUUUGCGGCGCACAUCGCUAAACAUACCAGAAUUCAAUUUCAGACAACCCCUUUUACAUCCGAUGGAGAUUGUGAUCUCUUUCGAGGUUUCUGGUAAAUGGCCAGAGAGUCUAGCUGCUAUCCAAAGAGCCAAGAUCGCCUUCUUACUUAAGAUUGGUAGUUCUUUGGAGGCUCUGAAGGACGAAAUCAGAACACAUCUCGGAAUCGAAGAUGCUGCCCGUGAUGAUGAGAAUUUAGCAUUCUUAGAUAUCGUCUACGAGAACGGCGCUUCUUUCAGGCUUCAGGUGCAUAGCGAUCUCGAAGAAACGCUUCUCGAGAGAAAAACGAAAGAUCAGACAGUCGAACGCCACGUUCGCACAGAAGCCGCCGAUCUACUCUCCAAGUACCGACGGAUGUAUAUAAAUCUCCCACUUCACAACCAAACCAUAUCCACAUUCUGCACCCGAUUCCCCGCGUUAUCAUCUUCCAUCCGCCUCACCAAACAUUGGUUCAACUCUCACAUGCUAUCCUGCCACUUCCGCGAAGAACUUAUAGAGCUAUUCGUCCUACAAGCAUUCCUCAAGCCAUAUCCAUGGCAAACCCCGUGUAGCGCAAUGACCGGAUUCCUACGAACAAUGCUCUUACUAUCCCGCUGGGACUGGCGUGACGAGCCCCUCGUCAUCGACUCCGCAGACUCUCUCUCAACCUCUCAACGUGUCGAAAUCGGCACCCGCCUCGAAGCCUGGCGGAAGAUCGAUCCCAACAUGAACCGCACCGUCCUCUUCGUCGCAACCUCCCACGACGUCUCCGGCAUCGCAUACACACUACACGGACCAACCCGCGUCGUCGCAACCCGAAUGACCAGCCUCGCGCGCUCCGCCUGCAAAGCCGUCCGCGAGAAAAGCGUAGACCUGAACAUCCGCACACUCUUCCAGUCCUCCCCGCGCGACUACGACGUCCUCCUCCACCUCUCCCCCAAGAUCCUUAAGAGCAUCGCGCGGGACGACGCGGUCGCCAGACGCUCGCAGUUCAAGAACCUGGACGCCCCGGGGCCCAUGGCAACGCCGCUUGCACUGCACCCCGCGCGCAUGCUGCUGAAGCGGCUGAACGAGCUGUACGGUGCGCCGUUACUGUUUUUCCACGGGGCGCCGGACGAUGCAGUGAUUGCAGGGUUGUGGAAUCCGUUGCUGCAUCGACGGACGUUUACGGCGCAUGCGCCUUGUUCGUUGAUUAUUGUUGAGAAGGGGGAGGGGAAGAAAGGGAAGGAUGGGAAGGAUAAGAAGGGGAAGAAGAGAAAGGGGAUGGAGAACGCGGAGGAGGGCGAGACCGAAGAGUUAUUCGAGGUUAAUAAGAAUGCGAUUCUCGCCGAGAUCGCCCGGAUCGGUGGGGAUGUUAUUGAGAAGAUUGAGGUUAAGGAGGAUUUGGUGGGUUAAGGGGUUAAGGGGUUGGAGAGAUGAGGACGUGUUUGUAUGUAUAUAAGGCGUAGAAAGGAGGGAUGGGGGGAUAGGAGGAAGGGGUAUAGACUGUACUGUACUCUUUUAGAAGCUCGUGUAGAUGGUGCUUCUUUGGCAAUGAGCUGUAUGAGC